AUGGAUAAUUAAUAAACUGAUUAAUAACAGAAUCAAAAUAUUCAAGGUGAAUAAGAAGAAGUUUAAUAAUAAUAAUAAUAGGAACAAAUUGAAUAAAUUUAAAAAGAAAAAGAAAAAUGUUUAGAAUUAAAGAAUAAAGCAGGCUUAUUGUUUAGUCAAUAAAAGUUUGAAGAAGCUGCUGAUAUAUAUAAUGAAGCUAUUGAUUAUUGUCCUUUAGAAGAUUUAAAUAUGUUAUGUAUUUUAAAUUCUAAUAUUGCCAUUUGCUUAAUGAAGCAAUCUGAUUAUGAAAGUGCCUUAGAGCAUUGCAGUAAAGCACUUGAAUUUAAUCCUGAAUUUGUUAAAGCUUUAUUAAAUCGAGCAGAAUGUUAUGAAAAAACAGAUAAACUGGAAGAAGCUUUGGAAGGUAUUAAUUUAAGAAUAUUCUAGAUUAUAAGAAAUUAAAGGAAUUAUAACCUAAAGACAAUGCAAUUAUGAAAAAGUACAUUGAUUUAGAUUUAAAAGUUUAAGAAUUGCAAGAAAAAAGAAAAAAUGAAGCUUUGAAAGGCUUAAAAGAUUUAGGAAAUACAUUAUUAGGGAAAUUUGGAUUAAGUUUGGAUAAUUUUAAAAUGCAGCAAAACGAAAAUGGAUCAUAUAAUAUAUAAUUUUAAUAAUGAC